AUGAACCCAAAUUUCGUAGCAGUCGGCCCUCGGGAAAUCCCCAGCGAGCAGGACUGGUUCAUGGUAAUGGGCACGCACAAUGCGCGGGCGCUUGAUGACUCACCAGCCACAUUUCUCCUGUCGCUGCACCGCCACAACCUCCAGCCACAGUACGUCCCUGGCCCGGCGGCCAGAUUGGCCACAAGCUCCAUGAAGCUGCUUGUCUGUCCUCCACCGACAGACUGCAGCUCUUCAACGUCGCCAAACGGCAACCUCACGACGAACCUCCUCCGCCCACCGCCGGCGUACCACCAGCACCAUCCCCGACACCGACUCCGACUCCGACACUCCUACCCACCCCGACACAUCGCAUACGCAUACGCAGAGGCCGCGAGCGCCGCGCCCACCACAAUGUCCAGCUACUACGGCGGCCAACCCAACAACGCCUACCCCGGCGGCGGCGCGGGGGCCGGCGCCGGGCCGGCUGCCGCACAGAACCUGCAGUUCUACCCGUCGUCGUACUCUCCGGCCGUGUCCGGCGCCGCGACGCCCCAGCAGGCGUCGUACGGGGGGUAUGGGGGCGGCGGCGCGCAUGGGGCUGGCGUAGGCGGGUUCACGUCCGCGCCGGGCUUUGGAGGCGUGGGCGGCGGCGCGGGCGUGAGUGGACGCAUGGGCGAGCAGGGCGGCUUGCGCACAGGGUGGCUCGCGGCUUUCUCAACGGAGGGGUACGACGGCGAGCCGCCGCUGCUCGAGGAGCUGGGCGUCAACUUUGGCCAUAUCCAGAUGAAGACGCUCGCCGUAUUGAACCCUUUCAAGCACAUCGACCAGCACCUCAUGGACGACUCCGACCUCGCCGGUCCGAUCCUCUUCUUCCUCCUCUUCGGCUUUUUCCUCCUCUUCUCGGGCAAGGUGCACUUCGGCUACAUCUACGGCCUCGCCCUCCUGGGCUCCACGUCCCUGCACAUGAUCCUCUCCCUCAUGUCGCCCUCGGACCCGCACCCCGGCGCCGCCGGCGCGCAGUCCUCCUUCCACCCGCAGUACAACGACCCGUCGUCGCAGGCGCACCACGACGCGCCGCAGCACCAGCCCGGCGGCCACUUCUCCGCGACGCUGACGUUCCCGCGCUCCGCCUCCGUCCUCGGCUACUGCCUCCUGCCCCUCGUCGCCACGAGCCUCUUCGGCAUCGUCAUGCCCAUGGACACGCCCCUCGGCAUCGUCCUCACCACCGCCGCCAUCAUGUGGUGCACCUACAGCGCCAGCGGCAUGUUCUGCGCCGUCGGCCGCAUGAAGGGCAUGCGCGGCCUCGUCGCCUACCCGCUCGCCCUCUUCUACGUCGGCUUCGGAAUCAUGGGCAUCUUCAGCAGCAGGGGGAGCGGGUCGCUCGCCAAGGUGGCCGCCGCCAAGGUGAACGGCUGA